GAUGUGACAAACAUGCACAGUGGAACGAAAAAGUGGGCUAACCGGUAGCGACAGGCUACUGGUCCAAAGCUAACAAGGCCAACUGGGAAGGCGUGGUGUCCUACUGUUGUUAAAGCACAAGGUCGAUGUGUGGUCAUGUGGAGGGGGGAGCACGGCCCGCAGGCUUUCCAGGCCCCUGUGGAUGUUCACGCCAGCGCAGACGGACAGGUGUACGUGUUCAAGCGAAGGACAAACGCGUCCGCUGCAUCCUCGGACGAUGACGAGCUCAGCGUUGUGGAGACGAGGCAGACGAAGCGAGACAACCCGAGGAACGUCCUGCUGCUUGAGCGUGAGGUUCUAGACGGCGAUAACCUCAACAAGCUUGCACUGCAAUAUGGCUGCAAGGUUGCAGAUAUAAAGAGGGUGAACAACCUUAUUCAAGAACAAGAUUUGUUUGCACUGAAGUCCAUCAAAAUACCAGUUCAGAAGCACAGCUUGUUGACGGAAACCCUGUCAGAACAAAGAGAUGCUCAAGAUGACGCGCCCCGUUCCUCUCCAUCACCAGUUGGGCCUCAUGAUGGCGCUGCAGUUGAGCCGCGUCUGCAGGAAGUCCCAGACUUUCUAUUGGAGCUAGACAGUGAUAUGGACAAACUGAUUCAGACCGCCCCUGACCACGAAGAAGAUUUCUCUGAGAACGGUGGGAGAUGGAGGAGGUGCGGUUUUGGAAGGCGGCGCGCGACGAGUCACGGCGCGGACUGGGGCAUCCAGUGGUGGAACGCUCUGGUAGCCAUGUUGUUGAUAGGGGUCGUCCUGCCGUUGUUUUAUUUAAUUUACUUCAAAACUAGGGAUAACGGAGUAGUUUCUCAGCCUGUGCCUCAGUCAACCUUCUCCUCCUCCAACACAACAGAGACACACCUCGGUACAAAAGGAGCUGAGCAGUUUCAUGACCCGGGAUAGAGCAGGCGCAGAAAAAUCUAGAAACAUUUAUUUAUAUUUUAUUUUGAUCUUAGAGCUUAGUGAGGAUGAAACUGAAGCUAAACUGCUCAACAUUUCUGCCCAAGGCAAUGUAUGUCUGAAUACCAGCUGUGAAUUUUGGUUAAAUUUAUCAUCAAUUACGACUUUAAUGCAGUGACUUCAACCCCUUUAGGAUUUCUUCUGUUUUUGCUUUUCUGUAACUCAUUAUUGGAGAUCACCAAACUCAUUUUGUCAGAAAAAGACACCCUCGACAAAUACAAAAAAAAAAAAAAAUUAUUCAAAGGAUUUAAUUUACUAAAGGAAAAAGGUUUUCCAAACCAACCUCGGCACAUGUGAAAACGUAAUUACCCCUAAAUAUAAACACUAGUCAUGCCAUCUUUGCCGGCAUCUGCCAUCACGUAAUUAUGUUAACUAGCAAGUUAGUCUUUUCUAAUCGCUGUGGAAGAUACUUGGUCAACUCUUCCAUACAUAAUCCGUUUUUAACUCAAGGUGGACUUCCUGGUGAACUUUAAAUCGUUAUCGAAGUGCGUGUGAGCUUGAUGUCCUGAUUUGGCGUGUGAUCUGUUGAUUUCUGAGAUCUUUUAGCCUACCUCACGUUGCCGGACAGAUUCUAUUCUUUAUUCUACAGGUUGGGCAGUGAUAGUUAACUCGAGCCAAAACUAACAAUGAUCACUGGAAAUUUAUGAUUUCAUAAAGGGGCGCAAUUGAAAAUGUUAACAUAUAAGGCCAGUAGGUUUCUAUGGCUUUUUCUCCUUCAUAAAUGAAAACAUUUUUGAUGAGAUCUUUUCUUCAUUAACUAAGGUUAUCUUUGAUAUUACAUUUUUUUAAUGAUUUUAAACCUUUAAGUGGGACGGAGAAGCAAAGUCAGGAUGAAUACCGUUUUACAGCGAUGUUCGACCGUAAAGCUGGCUGCACAUCCAUUACUAGCUUUCUUAAAGUGAAUUAGAAAUACUUCUUGCAGCUUUGUAUCGUAAUUCUGAACAUGUUUCAUCCGUGUUAUAUCAGGUGACAUUUUUGGGUCUGUUGCACGACACUAAAAGAUUUUUAAGGUUUUCUGCCAAGCACAAUAAAACUUUAGCUGCUUUUUUUUUUUCAGUUCUCAAAACCAUGCAGGGCUAAACUUACACUUUUUAAUGUAUUUGUUUGUGUUCUUUGUUCAACGCUCAUCAUGCACCUCAUGCCUUGUUUGUCCAGAGCCUUACAGUGCCAAGUGUGUUUGUUUACAGUAACAAAGUGGUGCAAUAUACUUAACCUAUUUAAUCUUUAUCUUACAACCUGCUACAUGUAAAACAGAAAGGGAUAUCGUUUUAGAAAUGUUACUUUUUCAUUGAGAAUCGGAGCCACGUUAAGUGCCUGAAGACUGUCUUGCGCGGUCGUUGUUGAGUUUAAAACAGCCUGAACGAAGUCCACAAUAAAUAGACGGUCGGUUUCACUGGUUUGUUAAUUACCUUCUUCAGGGCUGAAGUUGUUCGAUGUAGGAAUGCUGCUAAAAAGAUGUUGACAUCUGAAAUGCAUCGGUUUGUAAGCAGAUUUGACGUUGAAAACUGACUUGUGUGAAAAUAUACGUUGUUUACUGCAUGGCCCAGAUUAAACUCAAACUGAAGUGGGACUGUGUGAAAUCCUCUCUGACGCGCUACUUUGUCAGAGAAAUGAGCCUGUAAUAGAUCUUCACAAAAACACUACAAUAUCGCUGUUAAAACAAUAAAAAAAAAUGAUCUAUUUGGUUUUAUUACAGUUAGAAAAAAGAGCAAUUUUCAACUGCUGCUAAAAUAAAAUAACAUUCAUUAUUAGAUGUUUAACAUUUCCUCAUCUGUGUUUCAAACAUCCAACUUUCUUUAUAAGUGAAGGAAAAGUGUGGUAAGCAGCUUUUAGUUGACAGACAGGUGAAGCAACAACCAGGGAGAGAUAGUCCUGUGCUGUUCUGUGGUUAUACUUAUUCCUAAACUCUAAGCUUUACCUUAUGUAUAUUUAGCCAGUUUUUUUUUUUAAGUGACCAGUGACCUGGUCAGGAGACAUUUAAACACACAACUACAACAGUAUCUAAGCACCAUAACUGCAACUAAUAUUGUGCAAUAAUAAAACAAACAGCUAAACCAUUUGCAAGACGGAAUAGUAAUCCUGAUUAAAAAAAAGUCUUGCAGACUUCACAAACCUUUUUCUUUUAUUAGUCAAACUGCCGUGGACUUCAGAGGUAACAAACUUUGUUGAGUUCAGUUUUUUUAACUAAAUUACUGUGUCAGGGACAACCCUGACAAGUCCUACACAAUAAACGUAUCAGAAGAUGAUUUGUUUUUUAAAUACAAUUAUUAGGCAGAAUGUAUUU